AUGUCUUCGUUCGCCGGCAUAACUGUCUUGGCCGACGGCGACCUGAGCCCUUCCACCGUCAAGACCAUCGACACCGGCACGGACUACGGGUACCACCUACUUGUGGUCCAAGACUACUCGCAUACCAAAGAAGUAAGACACAUCGGCAGGGGCAUCUGCUCCCGUGCUUUCAUGGUAGGAGGCCAUACAUGGUACAUCAAGUACUACCCUAAUGGGGAGAGCUCGAAACGUGCCGAUUACAUUUCUCUGCAUGUCUCCCUUCUCGAUUACGACGAGGAUUAUCAGAAGACUGUGAAAGCAAAGGUGUGUAUCAGUUUCAUCGACCAGGUUGAGAAGCACAAGCCAAUGUACAUUCACGGAACCGAAACGCGCACCUUCGGAGGCUCUUCUUUUAUGCAGCUCGACAAGUUUAUAAAAAAAGACACCCUUGAACAAUCAGUGCAUCUAAAGGAUGAGUGUUUCACCAUCCGGUGUGACAUCAUGGUCCUCAACACUGACGAUAAUGCUGGUGGCAACGAGGUGCUCCCGCCUGACGUACACCACCAAUUCGAAAAUCUCCUUCGAAAUAAGGUGGGUGCUGAUGUAACAUUCGAGGUCAGCGGCGAGAUGUUCACCGCACAUAGGUGUGUGCUUGCAGCCCGAUCCACGGUGUUCAUGGCACAACUCUUUGGUCCCAUGAAGGAGGGCACUACUACGUCCGGCGCCAUACAGAUCAAGGACAUGGAAGCGAAAGUGUUCAGGGCUUUGCUUAGCUUCAUCUACACAGAUUCAUUCCCUGAGAUGGAGGAGGAGCACAAGGCACAUGUUGUGGAACAAGGACAAGAAGAGGAUGAAAUACGGCUGCGAUGGCUUCAGGAAUUGUUGGUUGCGGCGGACAGAUAUGAUGUCAAAGGGCUCAAGUUCAUCUGUGAAAAGCAGUUUUGUGAACACAUAGUUGUGCGCUCAGUGAUGUCCACUCUUGCUCUAGCCGAGCAGCACAACUGCCGGCGAUUGAAGGGGGCGGGCUUCAGGUUUCUCCAAGUUCAGACUCCCUCACGUUUGCAAACUGUAAUGGCGUCUAGUGGCUGGGAUCAUGUCUUCACGACCUAUCCCUCGGUUUUGAAGCAUCUCAUUGCCAAACUUAUUGCUUUGAACCAGCAGAAGUAA